AUGAGCGACACCUCUCAAAGAAUCAUCAAGAAUCUCCUUUCCUUCCAAUUUUACUUGGCCUUGGCAGUUCUUUGGUUAUUCAGUGCUCAAAUAGUCAUCAGUAGUCCUAUCCCACACCCGAACCCAGCACUCUUUGGUGAAGCCGCUGAUCUCGGUCACUUGGCAGCACAAGGCGGACGUAGUACAUCCCUAGGGGGCUUAGAUGCGGGCAAGAUAGCAAAGAAUGUACCCAACCUCUACACCAUCCCAGAAAGCUCCGUACUGGAAGUCCCUAAGCUGUCUAGAUCUAAAGCGGUUGCUCCGGGUCGGUCUAAACUCGAUCCCUUCGAACUUUCUCCAGGUCCUGAAAUAAAACCUGGAGCAGCAGAUGAAGGAAAACUAUCAGAAUUAACAGGAACCGUAACAGAAGUAGGCAAGACUGGUGUAGAAGCUGGAAGUAAGGUUAACAUGGGAAUUGGAAAUUUAGGAUAUCUCGUUAAGAACGUAAAGACUGGAUUACAAAGAUUACUUAAUCGAGUUUCAAAAUUUUAUACCAAGAUUUUGAUUUCUAGAGUACGUUCAUCAGCUUUAAAAGAAUGGAACCUUGCACAAAAAUUAUCACAAUUACAAACUUUAGAAAAAGAUGGUGUUAAGAGUAAAGCACUUGCACAAGCCAAACAGGUACAUUUCAAAAAGAUGGAAGUAUACAAUCUUAAAGCUGGAAAAUUAUUAGAAAAGUUGAAAUCUAUUACUCAUUGA